GAGAAUGACUCAAAUCUCAGCUAUUCGUUUGGCGGUUUUCUUUGUUCUUGUACCAACUACAUUGGCAGCAAUCCAAUGUUGGGUUGGACAGGAGACUGUUUCAAACGGAAGAAGACUGCCAACAGAAAUCGGAGGCCCUUAUCAAUCUGUACAAUGCAACGAUGCCGACUUCUGCUUCAAUAGUUAUGUAAGACGACACAAGAAAGGAGAUGAUAGUUAUACAAUCACCAAGAGUUGCGGAGAAGUUGGAAAAUGCUUCGAAGACGGUUGCAUUGGCCCAGGAGACGAGAAGAAUUGCUGCUGCAGUGACAAUAUGUGCAACUCGAGCAACGGUCUGAUCUAUCCAACAGCCGGAAUUCUCAUCAUUCUCUCGCUUGUUUUCAGGCCCUAAUUGAUGAAUAUGAUGACGUCACACGACUAACCUCAUCUGUAUAUACGGGCUCGGCGCGAUUAUCGAACAAAAUUUACGCAUUUACUGUAUUUGGAAAUAAAAAUCAUGACAUUUUUU